AUGACAACUUCACCAAAGCCUGCAUCGUUCAAAAUGAGACAUACAUUUGAUGCUCGUUUGAGAGAAUCCAAGCGCAUUCUUAGCAAGUAUCCCGAUCGUAUUCCCAUCAUUUGCGAAAGAGUAGAAGGCAAUAGCAUUGCAAGGAUGUGCAAGCAGAAGUAUUUAAUCCCAUCCGACAUUUGUCUCGGUCAAUUCAUCUACUCUAUUCGAAAGAAUAUCAAAUUGUCUGAGGAGAAGGCAAUCUACAUGUAUAUUGGUGGCAAUAUUCCAACUGUAUCAGAGUCUCUGGCCAGUCUCUAUGCACAAUACAAAGAAGAAGAUGGCUUUUUGUAUCUAAAUUAUGCUGGUGAAAACACCUUUGGUUGUGCCUUAUGA